AUGUUAAAUAUUGUGUCUUUUCGUUUACUUUUUGGCCCUAUAUUUGCAAAACUGUUAAACAAGUUCAACAAACACUGGCAUCUAUCUAUCUAUCUAUCUAUCUAUCUAUCUCUCUCUCUCUCUCUCUCUCUCUCUAUAUAUAUAUAUAUAUAUAUAUAUAUAUCUGCCUUUCUCAUCUCUUUCGAUCUUUAUAUACAAAAUCUAUCUAUUUAUAUUCUCUUAUCCAUCCGCUCGAAUUCUUGGUCAUCCGCAUAUAAUCUAUCUAUCUAUCUAUCUAUCUAUCUAUCUAUCUAUCUAUCUAUCUAUCUAUCUAUCUAUCCCAGUCUCUUCGUUAUCUAUCAAUCUGUUCUUGUCUAUUCAUCUAUCUAUCUAUCUAUCUCUCUUUAUCAUCUAUCUAUCCAUUCCGCUGACGUUAAAUCUAUCUCAUCUAUCUUCCACCAUCCAUCUAUCUAUGAUUUGACAUCCCAUAUAUGUAACAUCCAUCUAUCUAUCUAUCGAUGGCUAUCUUUCUAUCUAUCCACUGUCGUUCAUUCACAAUCAAAUGAAUCCCAGAUCCAUUGUGUGUGUCUAUGUGGGUCUAUCUAUCAAACUGAUGUCUCUUCAGUAACUCUAUCUAUCUAUCUAUCUAUCUAUCUAUCUAUCUAUCUAUCUAUCUAUCUAUAUAUAUAUAUAUCUUCCUUUCUUCUCAUAUCUAUCUAUAAUCUAUUCAUGUCUGAAUAUAGCUAUUUAUCUAUCUAUUCCUCUGUUUCCUAUUCAUAUCUAUCUAUUUGUAAAUAUAUAUAUAUAUAUAUUCCUAAUUGUUCAUAUCUAUCUAUCUAUCUAUCUAUUUAUGCUCUUUCUCUAUUUAUCUAUCUAUUCCUCUGUUCAUAUCUAUCUAUUUGUAAAUAUAUAUAUAUAUUCCUAAUUGUUCAUAUCUAUCUAUCUAUCUAUCUAUCUAUCUAUCUAUCUAUCUAUCUAUCUAUCUAUCUAUCGCGCGUGCUUUCUUUCUUCCUUCUUUCCUUCAUACCUUUCUUUCUUUCUUUCUUUCUUUCUUUCUUUCUUUCUUUCUUUCUUUCUUUCUUUCUUUCUUUCUUUUCUGUACUCUCAAUAUAUAAUUGUCUCGGUUUCGUUUUCUUACGCUUCGGAUCUUUCUUUCUUUCUUUCUUUCUUUCUUUCUUUCUUUCUUUCUUUCUUUCUUUCUCUUUCGUUUCUUUCUUUCUUUCUUUCUUUCUUUCUUUUUCUUUCGUUUCUGUCUUUCUUUCUCUCUUUCUUUCAUUUUCUCUACUCCCCAUAUCAAACUGUAUCCCUGUUUCCGUUUUAUAUUUCUUUUUCUGUUUCAUUCUUUUUAAAUUUAAAGUUUAUUUUGUACUAAUCUUAAAUAAACAAAUAAAUAUUUAUUUUCUUUUUUAUUUCUUAUUCGCUUCCUUAUCGUCUCUUGUUUUGCUUUUCUUCUUUUCUUCAUUUUUUCUAUCAUAUUUCCUUCUUUUUCAUAUAUUUUCUUUCUUUUCUCUUUCUUUCUUUUUUCCUUUUCUUUCUUUCUUUCUUUCUUUUGCUUUUAUUUCUUUCUUGAUUCCUUCUCAAAUCUUUUUGUCUUUAACAAAUGUUAAUUUUUGUUUUUGCCUUUUUCAUGAAAAUUUCUUUCUUUUUUCCUUCUUUCUUUCUUCCUUUCAGUUUUCCUCUUUUUAUCUUAUUAUUUCUUUUUAUUUUAUUUUUUGUUAA